UUAAGAAUUUGUGUGAUUGCAAAAAUGAGAUCAAAUUAUAUUUUUUUAUUUAAAACAAGAACCAACAUGAACUAGAGAAGAGAACAGAGACAAUACAACACUUUGUAAAUCAGUUUUCUAAGUGGCAAUGUCGAAUGACAGGAUACAUACGUGAACUACAAGAGAUUGCAAACAGUAUUGAUCGGUAUCACAAAGGUGCCACAAUCGCAAAUGUCACAGGGUCUAAUGCAGGUGCUGUAGGAGGUGUGCUUACGUUUGCAGGAAUAAUUGCUGCUCCUUUCACUGCUGGUGGCUCCCUGAUACUCACUGCAGUGGGAGCGAGCAUAGGAGGAGCUGGUGUUGUCACUAACUUGACAGCUAGCAUCACUGAAUAUGUUACACGGUCAAAGAUGCAGAAAGGCAAACUAGCUAAGAAGUUGACAUCUCUGAGUCGCAAUGUUCGAAGAACACAGUAUGCCCUGGAAACUGGGAAAGUGAAACAACUGCUUUAUGGAACUCCUCUUACUUUGUCCAAAACUACAAGAGCAGUUUCAGGAGUUGUGGGAGCACUCUUUAUAGUGUGGGGUAUCUACUCUAUAACUAAGGAUUCUAUUGAGCUGAGCAAAGGAAGUAAGACUGAAGUAGCUAAAAAGUUACGAGAUGAUGCUCAGAAGAUAGAUGAUGCAUUAAACCUGUAUGAGGACAUAUGUCAGUUUCUAAAAAGACUCUUGAGAGAGACUGGGACAUUGGAUAAUGAAGUCCAGGCUUGA